AUGGCUACUUCAUCACUAUAUGCCAUAGAAAAACUCGAUGUGUCGAAUUAUGAGACGUGGACAGUGCAAAUGCGAAGUGUACUUAUCCACGGUGGCCUUUGGAAAGUAGUGACCGAAGUUAAGCCUACAAAUGCGGAUGAGCUGGCGUUGUGGACAGUAAGUGACGAAAAGGCGUUAGCUACUAUCAUACUCAGCGUAAAAUUGAACCAACUAAACUAUAUUAAAAACUGCAAGUCGUCGGCAGAAGCGUGGCUGAAAUUAAAAGAGGUGUACAAGCCGCAAGGGCCGAUACAAAAGGUGUCUUUAUACAAGCAACUCUUAAGCAAGCGUAUGCAGGAUGAAGAAAAUCCACAAGAAUUCAUCAACGCAUUUACUGAGAUCGCAGACAAACUCUCGGAGACUGGAAUAAAUAUCCAGGAUGAUUUGCUAAGUAUAAUCCUUUUAUCUAGCUUACCCAAAUCAUUUGAUAACUUUGUCAUAGCUAUGGAAACCCGAGAUAGUUUACCUUGUUUCAGCGCAUUAAAGAUAAAGCUUAUAGAGGAGGGCGAGCGGCGCAAGCGGCAGAACGAACCGGCAGAGGUUAGUACACAGCAAGCAUUUAUAGCGGCCGAAAAAACUUACAAGAAACCGCAGUUUGAGCAACACGACAAGAAGACGCAAAAUAAAUCUAAAUUCAAAUGCUUUGCAUGUGGAAAAAGAGGGCAUUUCGCGAACAAAUGCAAAGAAAAAGAAAAACGCAAUUCCAGAGAAACUGCAAUGAAUGUCAUUGCAAUGACAAACAUGCAGAGCAAAUUCGACGACACCUGUUGGUACAUGGACAGCGGUGCAACAUCGCACAUGUGUAAUAAGAGAUCGAUGUUCGUACAGUAUGAAGAAUGUCAUGAAAAAAUUUGGCUAGCAUCAAAUACAGCAAUUACAGCAUUAGGCAGAGGCGAUGUAUUAUUAAAAACAAAACAACGAACACUUCGCUUGGAGAAUGUGUUGUACUCGCCUGAGUUGAAGGCAAACUUCAUUUCCAUCAGUAAAGCAGUAGAACAUGGUAUGUCGAUAAAAUUCGAAAGCGGGCAUGCGCAUAUAACCGACAAGUACGGUGAGCUUGUUCUAACAGCGGCGAAAAGGCACAACUUGUAUGUGGUGGAAUUGAAGGAAGAGAGAUUGUGCGCAUUGAACAGCAACCAAAUUUGGCACAAUCGGUACGGUCAUCUCAACUACCAAAGUUUGUCUCAAUUGCAAAGAAAUGAUAUGGUUCGUGGUAUGCAAUUGUCUGGUCGAAGCGAUGAAGCACUUGGUUGUAACACUUGUAUGGUGGCAGCUGUAUCGAAGGCUUCGUCGAUGCGGAUUGGGGAAGUGAUCCUCAUGACCGCAAAUCUUAUACAGGUUUCGUGUUCUUUUACGGAAUAUGCGCCAUAUCGUGGGAGUCAAGGAAGCAAACAACAAUAGCCUUAAGCAGCACAGAAGCCGAAUAUAUAGCGGCAUCGAACGCGGCUAAAGAAGCAGUUUAUUUGCAGCGCCUGCUGA